UUUCGAAAAUUUGUAAACCGACUUUAUAACGGGCUAUUAAAUUUCUACAUACCUAGAUAUUAAUUAAUAUUUUUGUAAUUUGCGGUUAAUAAUAUUGCCAAUAGUUAUUAAUUCGUUAUAAAUUAUAUUACAAUUAUUUAUUAUUCAUAGAAUAGGUCCAUAAUAUUUUAUCACUUAAACACUUUUUGAUAAAUAAUAUUAAUUAUAACAUGUACUUACAUUUUUCAAUUGUAAGCUAAGUAAGUUCAUUACCUGUAUUCUUUUGUAAUUUGAAUGUAAUGUAGUAUAUUUUUUUAAUCUAGUUGUCUGUUUAAGUUCUCUUCACUCAUAAUUUCAAUCAAACAUGAGUACCGAUAAUCUGUUAUAUCUAUUAUUUGGUUUUUUGUAUUUUUCGGAUUUUGCGAAUUAUGCAUUUACCCAAGAUCCUUCUGGUUACAUAGCCUACUGCCCGUGUAUGGGUCGUUUUGGAAACCAAGCCGACCACUUUCUGGGAGCCAUUGGUUUUGCCAAAGCUUUAAAUCGCACGCUUUUGUUACCUCAUUGGAUUGAAUACCGGUAUGGCCAGCAAAAGUCUGUACAAAUUCCGUUUGAUACAUACUUCAAAGUAGAUCCGCUUUUAGAGUAUCACAGAGUCGAGUUAAUGAAUGACUUUAUGACUAAAUAUUCAAAUAAUUUAUGGCCGUCAGCUAGUCGAACAUCAUUUUGUUAUAUGCAAAGAGGCGAGUCGGAAGGAUGUAAUGCCAAAGCAGGGAAUCCUUUUGAAUCAUUUUGGGAUACAUAUGGCGUUGAUUUUUCAUCUUCUGAAUUUUAUGCCCCCCUAAACUACGAUGUUUACCAUCACGAUAUGAUAUCAAAAUGGCACGAGAAGUAUCCACCAUCCGAAUGGCCGGUGCUGGCAUUUGUUGGCGCUCCAGCAAGUUUUCCAAUUCAAAAAGAAAAUGUUGGGAUUCAUAAGUAUUUAAAAUGGAAUGACGAAAUAGAUAAGUUGGCAAACUCUUUUAUAAAUAACAGAAUUAAGCCUGGCAAAUUUAUUGGCAUUCACUUGCGCAAUGGUAUUGAUUGGGUCAGGGCUUGCGAACAUAUCACCAAGAACUCUUUGUUGUUCUCAGCUCCACAGUGCUUAGGCUACAGAAAUGAAUAUGGAAAAGCAACAGAAGAAUUAUGCUAUCCAACGUUUGAAACAGUUGUGAAACAACUCAAAAGACUUAUUCGGAAAUAUGGUAAAGACAUAAGUACGGUGUUUGUUGCAUCCGAUAACAAUCAUCUAAUCCCUGAACUUUCACAUGCAUUAUCAAGUUUUGAUCUGAAAACUGUAAAAUACGAUAGGGAUAAUCCGCACGUAGAUCUUGCAAUAUUGGGCAAGGCGGAUUAUUUUAUUGGCAAUUGUAUAUCUUCAUUCAGUGCUUUUGUUAAACGCGAGCGAGAUUCAAACGGUCUACCUAAUGAAUUUUGGGCAUUUCCUGUUAAUCAAAAAAAUAAUCAAAAGGAUGAAUUGUGAGUAAAAAAGAUUUGUUAACAUACUUAGGUAUUUCAAUGUAUUUUUGAAAAAAUAUUUAUGAAUUUUUUUGUGUACCUGUAGUAGGUACCACCUAUCUUACUUUUAUAUUCUGAUGUUUUAUACUUUUGUAUUUCCUGAGAUGACAAGGGUUUACCUAUAACUUGUAAUAUUUAAAAUUCUUAAUUUGAUUUUUAUGUAACAACUUACAAGACAGAUACAGGUAUACCGGUCAUAAGCUAAAGCAAUAUAUUAUUUUCUUAAUAAUAACUACCUCUCAUAUUUGUCUUGUCUAUGGAAUUUCUAAUUUCUAAAUAGUUUAGGUAUAUUUUUAAUUAUGUAAAAAUAUAAUUACACUAUUUUUAUACUUUGUGUACAAUCAGAUGUUUUUUUAAAAAUAAUUGCGAUUAAGCAUAUAUUUAUGUAUAAAAAUGAAUUAUCAUUUUACUCUGUCCCACGAGAGAACAUGCCUCUGACCAAAAUUGGUUUUCCUGCGCGUUAUCACGUGACACCCUGCCAUAAGGGAACCGGUUUUGACAGCAGAACGACGUGGGAGGAAUACGCAGAACCGACAUGUUCUCUCAUGGGACAGAGUUUAGGUACUUUCUUUUCUAAUAUAUUUUUAUUGAAUGUAAUUUUUGUAUAUAUAUUUUUUUGAACCCAUAUUAUAUUAAAUAUUUUUUAUUCUGUA